AUGGAACAAGGGUUGAAAACUAUUGUAGCUAUGGAGCGUCUUCGUGAAGUGCUAGAGACACUUAGUAAUGGAAUAGAUCUGAGGAAAAACGGUUUACUUUGGCUUCGUUGUGAUGUUUCAUCUUUGGUGUUGAGCAUCAUGUCACUUAUUUCAUUACAAGUUCAACUGCCCUUUACAGACAAUCUCCAGGAUUUCAUACAUUUGGCGCACGCUCCGUCUGCAGAUGACUGUGGAUAUGGAAAACGUUAUACUUACGCUGGGUACGCUAAGUUCUGUGUGUUGUGUCAACCAAGAAGGUGUUAUAAGUCAGCCCCUGCCAACUCCAGAGAAGGUGUUUUCUUCCACAGACGGCAUCAUCAUCACCAUUUUCAGGAAAACUGUAGUACACACAAAUCUCAAAGUACAAUUUGUAAACGAAAUAUAAACAUACAAGGACGUCUAACCCAGCAGAACUUUAAAAAUGGUCCAAUCAAUACACAACAUUUUCACAUUGUCAUGAGCAAUAUCAAGGAAAAGUCAACAGUGCCAAGAGUUUCACCGUUCGAAGAGAGAAGUACCUUAUUCCCUUUGGACAAUAAUAUUGCUCCUGUGGUCUUAAAUGUGCGAACUGAUUUCUGCUGUCCUUCUUUAUGUCAUUUUGAAAAACCGCGUUGGGAUCGCUUCAUAUCAUCUCUUAAACCUAUUGGUUUAUCGAUCCUUCUCAAUAAUUGUCAUUCUUCUGUUAGAAAGCAGCGUCUUGGCUUUUUCGACAAUGUGAACACGAUACAAAGAUAUUUCAUCCCUUCAUCAUGUAUUACAUCACUACCCUUGUCUUUUUGUCUUUGCGGUCUCGCUAGCCAAAUAGGAUUUCGUGAUGGAGCUGUAAAUGGCUUUUUAACUCACGGAUGUUUAGGAGCUUACUCCUUUUGUUCAGCUGCAUAUGUCGCUAAUACUAACGAUUCUGAUGGGAAAGAUGAACCGAUAUCCCAAGACACCUUCCCAGCGAAUUUAGGUAAUAAAGAUAGUCCAAGUCAUUUGGCCCAUUCAUUUAGUGCUGUCUUCUCUGAUUUCAAAACUGAAGAUGGUUAUCAACUUCUAUCCCAGGGCACUGGUGAUAUCCUGGUUAGUUUAUGUUCCGAUGUUUGGGAUGGGCGCGAUAUCAUACCCCUAUCAGAAAGGUUACGUGAUCUUAUCUUAGGAUUUCAUAAUCGUCACCUUUCAUCUGCAUACUGUGUUGGGUUCGCUUAUUCACCAUUGGUUGAUAAGGCUGAUGAGUCUUAUAAAUCUUUGCUGAAUAAUCUUUCUGACUCAUCAAACAUCUUAGUGCUUCACCUGCCAGGACCUGAUCGUGUUUCACCGUUAUUGCAAAGAAAUAUUGCAGCACAACACGCAAAUCGGUGUCGAUUGAAUGCAAAGUCACCUUCGCUAUCUCAUGCAGUAAGCACUAACGAUAGUGAUAACAGUAAUGAUAAUGACACUGUUAACAACAGGCCGAUUUCCGCUAAGUGUCAAAGUAUGUCAAAAUUAAACGGACAAUUUACUUCUAACUUCUCAAAACUUGUAAGUAAGAUUAAAAAGAUCAAAUUUAAUUCAGUCUCUAAACUGUAUCAUCAUAAGGAACGGAGUUUCGCUACUAUAAAUAUCAAAAAUUUAAAGGCUAAUGGAAAAAGGCUAAGAUACGCAAAGAAUAAGCUGAAUACACGAAAUACUUCUGCCGACAUGCGUGGAGAGAGUGAACUCAAUCCGAUGAAUGAUAGUUUCGAUGAAUAUUAUGACGAUUCAAUUUUGGGUAACUUUCCGAAGGAAAAGAGCGUUUCGGAAGCUAGUGCUUAUGAUGAGUCUGGUCAUCUGGGCUGUGAACAGAAAGGUGAUUUUCAUAUCGAUCCGAAAGAAAUAAAAAACAUCCUAAGCAAUCAGAUAUUCCUAGGUUUAGUGAGUAUGCAGUACCAGGCGAAUCCUCAAGUUGUAAAAACAAUUAAACAACUCCAUCAAGCCUGCAUACGUUUUGUGCAUUUUUCUCGAGAAAAUGAACUUCGAAGUCGAGUGUUUGCUGAACGUUUGGGCCUAGAAUGUGGUUGGAAUUGUCAUAUAUCGCUUGGAAGUCCUGAUUGUGUUAAAAUUCGUAAAUCAUCUUAUCCAACUAAAGAACGUUUUCGAAGCAAUCGUAUUUCAUUUGAACGUGAAGAAUUUGUUUACAACAGAAAGUACUCUACUGGUGAUCGUCAGAUGAAUCGAUCUUCGAGUUAUUCAUCGUUGGCGAAAUCUCAUACUUUGACUUCAAAAAGGUUGACUUCAAUUUCUGACUCAAAUCUCCUUCGAAUAGUUGAAAGUGAUGAAGAAGUAUCAACUUCUAAAUCUGGCAAAGGUAACUACGCUAAAUCAUCAUCUCCCACAUGUCCAAAGCUUUCACAGAUAGGUACGAAAACCCAACAGCCGGAAUCAGAUUUACAAAAGUCUCAUGUUGAUAAUGUUAACACCAGUUUACGUCAUUCGAUAUCAUUAGUCGACUCACAACUGUUUUAUUCAAAAGAAAACGACCUAAUAGAAUCAUCCUCUGGUUCCUGUCAUCUUUCUUCUUCAACUACUUCUACUAGUUCUGUGUCACAGUCAGCAGGUGAACAAAGUAGUAAUUCAGAAGAUAGGAAAAUAUCAGAAUUAUUAAUUGGAAACAAAUCUCGACUUCCAUACGGAAUUGAAGGCAUUCGUCCACAUUUAGAAAAUGUUGAUAAUGUUCCCCUACAAGUGUCUUUGUUUACUGACUGUUCACCUAAAGCCAUUGGUGAAAUGGUGAGGAUAAUGCAAGAAUAUGGUGACACUGUUUGCCUAGUUGGAAGCUGUUAUUCAUUGACCAAUUACGCCUUAUUUAUGCACAGUGAUGUAGCCAUAGCUGUUAAACCUAUUCUACCAUAUUCACCAUGUGAAUUUGCAAAUAAUGGAUUGAAUAGUUGUAAACAACCAAAAGAAUAUCAUUGCUCAAAAAGCCAUUUCGAUUUCACCAGUCAAAAAAAUAGUUCUACUGGUGUGAGUAUGUUUGAUAUUGCUGCACAUCUCAUCCAUUUGGUUACACCCUGUUUACUGGAUAUGGAGAAAGAAGGAUUUCGUGUUUAUGAUCUCAUUGUAGAGGCUCAUAUCAGUGUCAACAAUCUUUAUCACUGCCUAAUAUUCAGUUCUGCAACACCGUUAUCAGCUGGUUUGUUGCAGUUAGUGUUAUUGAUUGUUGGAUUGCCUACGCGACCUGUUAGUUUGUUGAAUAUGAAAUCUAAUCUUCAUGAGAAUGAAUUAAUUUGGUUACCUGCACAACCAUUUCGAUCUUACGUUUUUGGUCCAAUGGAAAUAUUUAAUAACUUGAGUAGAUCCGAUAUGCAAACCAAUGUCAAUUUGUUACGCUUCAGUUCAAAUUGUAAUUUAGAACCAAACUUCAGUAUUGGUCAAGUAUUAUGGUUUCUUUUUGUUGUCAUCCCGGCUUUAAGUUUAUCUUUAAUUGACAGGCGUGUGGAACAAGAUCAACCGUUACGUGAACCGCCAAUUAAACGUAAUAAGUUGUUCACUAAAAAGAGGUGUAUACGUUUUGCCUUGGUGACAUGUUCUCGUUUCAUACCAUCAAUAAUUAUAUGUGUAUUAUGCGAAAUUGGCCACUUCCUAUGGGCGCAACAACUUGACUAUUGUCAGAAAUCAUUUCACAGCACUUAUGCGAAUAGAUCGAAUGGUGAAAAUGUGUUCAUUACAAAUUCAAGUGCAUUUAGCGAUGUAUCAUUAUUGUCACAGUCGUAUGCUAUUCAAGAAUUAUGUCUCUCAAAGUUGUCUCUGUUAGUAUACAGUGUAAAAGAUUUGAUAUUCUAUCAGUUUAUCACUUACAUAGUCAUCAUAUCAUUUUCCUACGCCAAUCAUGGUCAAAGAAUGUGGCAGUUUCGGUACCAUACAAAUCCUACUUGGUGCAUCGUCUCUUGUUCGAUCGUUAUUGUGCAUUCAGUUUAUAUCAUCGUUCGUCUCUGCAGUACAGAUUCAUCUUCAAAGUUAACAAGUUGGCAUAUUUUAUCCCCAACUGUUUUGGCGUUCGGAUUUAUUUCGUGCAUUCUGUUGGUGUUUAUUAAUGAAUUUGUAUCAUGGAAAGAAAGCCGAGCCAUCUUCACUGAGCAUCGCCUUUCUCGACUUUACUUCAACACAAAAUUGGGCAUGUAUUCACCAGUUUGA